UCCCCCUUUUUCCUCCCCUUCCCCCCUCGACCCGGUGCGCCUGCCCCGGCCCCUCCGGCCGAAGGUUGCGCGGGGCGGUCCGGGUUGAGCAAUGGGGCAGGGAGGUUGUGCAAGGCCCCCCCUAUAUAGGGCCGGCGGCGGCGGCGGCGGCCGCGCACACCAUGGGGGUCCCCGCCGCUGCCCUCUGCCUGGCCGCCGCCCUGGCCCUGGGGUGCGCCCGACCCCUGACCCACCGCAAACCCGAUGCGUCUGGAGGAGGGCACCCCCUGGGGCCGAGUCCCCCGGCAACGACAACCGCCCUGGCCCAGCUCUGUGGGGAUGAGGGUGGCUUUGACGCCGCAGCACUGACCGAGAACGGCACCAUGCUCUUCUUCAGAGGUGGGGAGGUCUGGGAGACCUCGCCGCGAGGACCGCCCCACGGCCACCCCCUGGCUGUGUCCUGGCUGGAGCUGGAGGGCCCCGUGGACGCGGCGCUGCGCAUCCACCACCGGCAGCACCCUGAGGAGCACCAGAACCUCUACCUCUUCCAGGGCGAGCAGGUCUGGGCCUAUGCUGGGGGCCAGCUGCGCCCUGGCUUCCCCCGCGCAUUGGACGAGUUCCCAGGGGUCCCCGGGGGCCUGGACGCUGCUGUGGAGUGUCAUCCCGAGGAGUGUGGCGGGACCAUCCUCUUCUUCAAGGGUGAGCAUGGCCCAGGUGGGAGGGGGACAAGGUGUUUCUCUUUUGACCUGGCGUUGCGGGUGACGAAGCAGCACACGUGGCCAUGGCUCGGGCCCUGUGACGCGGCGCUGCGCUGGCUGGAGCGCUACUACUGUCUGCAGGGGACCAGCUUCCAGCGCUUCGACCCCCUCACUGGCGAGGUGCCCCCCGGGUACCCCCGUGACCUACGCGACUACUUCAUACCCUGCCCAGGCCGAGGCCACGGUCACGGGAACGCCUCGUGGGGGGAUGCCGGUGACCGCUGCAGCGGGUUGCCUUUCCAAGCCGUCAUCUCCGAUGACACCGGCCGCAUCUACGCCUUCCGCGGAGGACUGUUGUUCCGGCUGGACUCGUGGCGGGACGGGUGGCACGCCUGGCCCCAGGGACACAGCUGGCCAGGGCUGCAGGGCGAGGUGGAUGCUGCCUUCGCCUGGGGGAGCACGUACCUGAUUCAGGGCUCCCAGGUCUCCAUCUACCUCUCGGGCCAGGGCCACCGGCAGGUGGAGGGGUACCCAAAGGCUCUGCAGGAUGAGCUGGGCGUCCCUGUUGCAGACGCUGCCUUCACCUGCCCCAGCUCCGCAGAGCUCUACAUCAUCGCAGGGGACCGCAUGCGGCGUGUGGACCUGACACAGAUGCCGCGACAUGCGGGCGAGCUGCUGCAACUGCCCCACGAUGGUGUGGAUGGCGCCAUGUGUACUGCCGAUGGCGUCUUCCUCUUCCGGGACAGCUACUACCAGUACCGCAGCGUUGACGAACUACUGGGGGCGCGCCUGCCUGCCCCCCCCAAAAGCAUUGCUGUCGACCUCUUCCGCUGCCCGCAGUGACCGCAGCCCCUCCUGCUUCCCGAGCAUGCAAUAAAAGCCAGGGAGCCCCCGAGACCCUGCUCUGAUCUGUCCAGGGCUGUUGCGAUGGGGAAGGAGUGUGGGGGGGUCAGCACAACUGUGAUGUGUCCUUGCCUCCAUCCCAUUGCCAGUUGAAUCCCUAUCCCUCUGUGGAUACCCUGUGGGUUACCACAUAGGUCUGGGGGCUACUCCCCACAGGCUGGGGCAUGGCGGCAAGCACCCCCAGGGGAAGUGGGGCCUCCAGUAGGGUGCCCUGGGCGGGCCGCAGGGGAGUCCCAGCGGAUGUCGGGGGGCAGCCCGUGGCUGUGUCAGGCCUUGCCAUGCCACACUGCUCUGUGCUGUGCUGCACCACCCAGUGUGUGCUGCGCUGUGCUGACUGAUGUCAGGCUGUGCUCGCCCUGCCCUGCUG